AUGUACGGCUCCGUGUGGAACCUGUUGAGUAACUUUCUACACAACCCACUCACCUUCUAUGUAGAUACGACGCAUCUCUAUUGGAACACAACAUUUCCAGCUGUCAGCCUAUGCCAGGUAGUGAAUGGGGAGACCGUGGCCGAGCUGAGCGAACAACACUUCGGUUCAAACAGGGACCCAAUGCUCGACAGCCUAAUCAUCGACAUCGCGUUCUACGGUGGCACGUGCUACUCCUGCGACGAGUGUCACUCAAGCACUGUGCACAUCCCUACCAUAGAUUGUGAGGGUUUGCGGAACUUCAGCGAGAUUGUACGUCGACAUCGAGCUCCCUGCGAAGAAUUGUUGACCGAUUGCCACUGGCAGCAGAACGCAAUCGACUGCUGUAAGCUGUUUCGGCCGGUUGAUACGGAGUUUGGAAGGUGUUUCAGUGUCAAUGCGGCUAAUGAUGUCGACUCUACUGGACAACCCAACCAGCCGAAGCUAGUGAGCAACCGCGCGACUGGACCGGGUCAGCUACGUUUCCGUGUUCUGGAGGAUGUGCAGCUGUACCUGCAUGAUGAGUUCAGCGUACCUCACUCGUAUGUGGAUAGGGCAUUGAGAGAGACAGUAUUGUGGGGAAUGCGCAAAGAGAUCGCUGUGCGUGUCAUAGAGAUGGAGAAUAAGGACACGGUGCAGGAGUUGCCGAUCUGGCGCCGAAACUGCCGCUUUCCGUGGGAGAUCACCCAUGAGGCAUUCGGCACGGAGCAACCCAGCAAGGUGUGCUCGUUCGAAGGACUUACCUGCCUGACGGAACACUCGGUGGAAAUCGCUCAAGCCCGCAAACAGUGCCCCUGCAUUUCAUCCUGCGUUGAGCCAGAGUACUUCGUGGUUCACAAGUCCGAGGACUAUUUCGCGGAUAGUGAAGAGGAAGAAGGCCGUGUCACGGUUCGGUUGCAAUCACUCCCGUAUGAACGGUUCGUUCGGAACAUCGCCAAGACGGAGAUGGAUCUGUUCACUCGUACUGUUUCUGCCAGUCCUCCACAGCAGAAGCAGCAGCAGCAGCAGUACGCACUCGAGAUCAAUCACAUCACCCAGCCAACUGGUUACGGCUGCAAUCAAACGAUUCUGCAACAAACCAAUCCAAUGCCAGCCCCCGGAGCAAACAAAGCAAAGCACCCGCUGGUAGUGCUGAUGGCGGAACAGGAAUUAAUUAAACCACUGUACACCCCAUCGGCCGGAUAUUGA